AUGAAAGAAGAUGAAGAAAAGCGUAGACAAGAAGAGAAAGAGGAAAAGGAGCAGCGUAGGGAGGUGAAGGAAAAGCGUAGGCAAGAAGUCGAAGAGAUGCGUAGACAAGAAGAGAAAGAAAAAGAAAAGAGGCUUAGAGGUAUAAGUCAAAUUACUAGUAGAAUAGAUAAAUUAGAGGAACAACAUAAAGAUAUAAAAACUUAUUUAAAAAACAAAAUUGACGAACAACAAAACUAUUUAGAAAAUAAACUAAUACUACAACAAAACGAUUUAACAAACAAAAUAGACGAACAACAAAACUAUUUAGACCAUAAACUAGUACAACAGCAAAACGAUUUUGAAAGUAAAAUAAAACAGCAACAAAGCGAUCUGAAAUUUAAUUUGGAAAGACAAAUAGUUGAUUUAGAAAGAAAAAUUAAAAACCAAUCUUCUUUAUCCAAUAUUGUUUCAGCAACAAAUAUCGAAUCAGAACAUAUAGCUUCGUCAAAUUCCGUAGUUGAACCUGGUGCAAUUAGGACAACCAAAAUUUUGAAACCACCUACGUUCGAUGGCAUGGGAAACGUAUCAGCCAGAGCAAAUGGAUGGACCGAGAAAGAAAUGGCUGCUUCCUUGGUAGUGUCACUUAGAGGACAAGCAGCAACCGUUCUACAAUUUCUUCCCCAGGAUGCAUUUAAUCUUUAA